GAACAGCCAGUGGAAGCCGCCGUGCCGAGGCGGACGGGAGGCUACCAACUCCGCCGCAGCCGCCGCGGCGCAGAGGAAUGCGGCGAGGAGCGGUGGGGCCGCCGCUGCAACGGUAGCUAGCUGCUGGGCUCGGCUCGGAGCGCGGGAGGGGAGCAAUGAGGGUGUGGAGGGAGGGUGCGGGGUGGUGCUUCUGCUCCGGCGGCGGCGACGACGGGGGGCGGUCGGAGCGGGUCAAGGCGGCGAUCUUCUCCGCGAGGGCCUCCGCGCUGGCGGCCAUCAAUGGGCAGGGGCACGGCAGCGGGAGCGGGCUCCUGAUCCACCGGAACCUGCUGCUCACCACGCACGGCAACCUGCCCUCGGCGGCCGCCGCCGAGGACGCCGAGGCGCGGCUCGUCCACGGCCGUCUCGUCGCCCGACUCGAGCCUCACAGAUUCUUCAUUACAAGCUCAAUUCUUGACCUUACAAUAGUGGGUCUUGAUUAUACAGAAGGCGACUCAAAUCUGCAGAGUCAGCAACCUCACUAUUUGAAAACAUGCUGCAAACCAAGCCUAGAUCAUGGAAGUGCUGUGUACCUACUGGGACAUACGGGGAAAAAGGAACUGGUGAUUGGUGAGGGAAAGGUAGUUAUUGGCACAGACAAUCUCAUAAAGCUCGCAACAGAUGGGAUGACAUGGUGCCCUGGGUCUGCCGGUUUUGAUGCCCAAGGGAACCUAGCUUUCAUGAUUUGUGACCCAAUGAAGCUGGCCUCUUCUCCGGCUGCAAGAUCAUCCUCAGCAUCCUCGUCCUCAUCACAUUCGUGGAAGAAGGACCACCCAAUGCAAUUUGGGAUCCCCAUAUCUGUGGUUUGCGAUUGGUUGUAUCAACAUUGGCAGGGCAACUUGGACGAGGUUAGCAAGCCAAAGUUACCUCUUGUUCGGUUGAUGUCCAGCAGGAGUGAUCACUCAAGCACCUCAUUCACUCGUCGUCAUGUAUUCAAGCCUGACGACGAGAAUGAUGAUGCCUCUGUUUGUUCAAAGCCUAAACAUCAGCAGGCAUCAGGAAGCUCAGCCACCGCAAGGAUCUCGCAUGAAGCGAAUCCUCUAGUUGAUCUGCGCACUAGCAGCGAGCAAGGGAUUGCGACGCCAGAAAUAUAUGAAUCGCCAAGGCGAAGUUCUUGCCAGGCUCACAAGGAUGCUGCACCAGUUCAACUUUUGGACAUCAACUUCCCGCCCAGGGCUCCAAAGACUAUCUUUCUACCACUGCCUCUGAAGCAAAUGCUUUCCGAUGAGAACAAUGUCGAAACAUCCAGGCCAAAAAAUCGAUCGAAAGGCAAUGGUUUCCCAUCAGGACUGAUAUGGCACCGUAACAGUGAGGCUGAGUGUAGGGACCCUCCAGUAGCUCUUCGGCAUGAGGAUUGCAGCAGUGAGGGGCAGUCGAGCUCAUCACCUGUUGAGAUACUGGAGUAUGGAGGUCAAGAUAAUUAUAGCAGCGAGGAGGAAACAAUGUACUCAGCUGAAACCAUGGAAAGCAGGAACAUUCCAAGCCCCAGGGAAAAGCAUGUGGGGAGGAGCCAGAGCUGUGUCACCUACAGCAGGUGGAGCUCUCCAAGAACCUCGUCGAUGCAAAACGGAACCUUGCGAAAGCAGCAUACACUGAUCCCUGUGCGGAAGACACACUCGCAGAACACCGCUCUGCCGCAGAGGAGUCAUGACUAUUUAAGCCCAACGGUCUCCUCAGCUAUGAAGAAGAGGAAUUCCAUGGAACAGCAACAACCCACAAAGCCUCGUCGGAGCGCUGUUCAGUCUUCCCCAAAAUGGAUGUUUUGAUGGUUCUGCACAUCUGGAUUUGUGGGUGGUGACGAUGAACAAAGAUUUGCCGUUUUGGUGGGAAUCUACUGCUCCUAUGUUUCCUUCUCAAAGCUUAUCUGUAAGUCGAUGCUGUCUUCCUUGCUUUCUCUCUAUAUGAGACUCUAUGCGCAGAAUGGCUUGGAUAAAUAAAGAGAAACAGAAAGGAAAAGAAAAGGCAGAAAACAAGAAGAAAGAUUACAGAUCAAAUGUGUUGAGGGCAUCAUGUGUGAGCUCGCUGUGAAGUGUUGUUAUCCUCGUGUGUAGACUGGAUGUCUGGAUAAGAACUGUUACAGACUGUAGUCUUCAGCUUACGGAUUUUAACUAAACAGUUUAAUGAUGAUAUUUGUUUCUUUUUUUUUGUUUUAUCCAUGGACAUGAGGACUAUAAUCGUUUUGUUUGCUGUGGCAUUGCGGUGCUGUGUAUGUCCUGAAUUGAAAUCAGGAGUCUUAAUAGGUUUGAGGGUUUGGCUACCAAGUGAGUUUUUAUUUCCCUUUUCACUUUACUACUUGAAGCAGAUACUGCUACAGAUCUGAAUGCUUUUUUUUUUACCAGGCUACAGAUCUGAAUGCAGUUGAGGCUUUAGAGUAGAUAAUAUUGUCCGUAAUGCGUUGGUAGUGUGCCAGACUACAUCAAUGUAAAUAGCAUUUAUGGUGAAUAAUGUGGCAGAGUUCAUUGUGGUCC